AUGGAUCGUAAGGUACCUCCACCACCUCCACCUUCCAAUGGGAAAAGAGAAAAUGGUGGAAGACGUCCACCACCACCACCCCCUCCUCCAUCUACAGUGACCACAAAUGCAAAUGGUAGAACAAGUGUACCACCUCCACCACCACCAUCGUCAGUUUCACGUCUAGCUCCUCCUCCUCCUGGUAUAAAUAAUAAAACUUCUCGAUCAUCUCAUGCUCCACCUCCACCUCCACCUCCAUCAUCAAGAACUAAAAGAAGAGCAUCAGAAUCUAUAAGUAAGGACGAACUAGAUCAAAGAAAGAGAAAAUGGUUACAAUCACAGAAAUCAAAGUAUAACAUUAUACUGUCUAAAUCAUCAGGAGGAUUAGUAAUACCUCAGAAACCAGAAAUGCCUCCUGAACAUUUAAGAAAAAUCAUGAUUGAUCAUGGUGAUCUUUCAUCAAGAAAAGUAGCUACUGAUAAGAAAGCCUAUUUAGGUGCAUUGAAAUAUAUGCCUCAUGCUAUCUUGAAAUUAUUAGAAAAUAUGCCUCAACCGUGGGAACAAUCUAAAGAAGUUAAAGUAUUAUAUCAUACUGGUGGUGCUAUAACAUUUGUUAAUGAAGUUCCAAGAGUAAUAGAACCAGUUUAUACCGCUCAAUGGGCUAGUUGUUGGACCAUGAUGAGACGAGAGAAGAGAGAUAGAAGACAUUUUAAAAGAAUGAGAUUCCCUCCCUUUGAUGAUGAAGAACCUCCUAUUGAUUGGUUAGAAAAUCUUGAAGAUACAGAUGCUCCUGAUGCCAUACGACUUGAUUUAAGUGAAAAAACUGAUGCACCAAUAAUUGAUUGGAUAUAUGAUGAAAAACCGUUAGUGGAAGAUUCAAAUUUUGUAAAUGGAGAUUCUUAUAGAAAAUGGUCCCUUGAUUUACCAACCAUGUCAAACUUGUAUAAAUUAUCAGAACCAUUAAUGCCAGAUGUCACAGAUCCAAAUUAUUUUCAUUUAUUUGACAAAAAUGCCCUUUUCACCGCAAAAUCUUUAAAUGUUUCAGUUCCUGGUGGACCGAAAUUCGAACCUCUUUAUAAAGAGAAAUUAAAUAAUCCCGCAUUAGAAGAUUUUACAGAAUUUAAUUCAAUUGAUAGAAUAAUAUUCAGAAAUCCUAUAAAGACUGAAUAUAAGGUUGCGUUCCCAUUCCUUUAUAAUUCAUUUGUGAAAAAAGUUCAUUUAGUAUGGUAUCAUGAUCCUCUUGAUUGUCAUGUAUCUAAAGAAGAUUCACAACAGACACAAUUUAUAUUCAACCUGAAUUACAAUCCUAUUAUCCCGCAUAAAACCACUGUUGAAAAGAAAAUCCCAUCUGAUGUGGAAGAUUUCGAUUUGGAUGGUAUACAGCCUUUUAUGACAUUUGAAGAAGAUGAAGAAACCAUUAGUGAAUUACUUCCUUUAGAACCUGAAGGAACUGCUGAUGCCUUGGAUUUAUUAAGAGCUCCAUAUCCUUUCAAUCGUCGUAGUGGUAAGAUGAUUAGAGCUCAAGAUGCAUCAUUGAUCAAAUCUUGGUAUAAACAACAUGCUCCUCGUGAUAGUAAAGUGAAAACUCGUAUUUCAUACCAAAAAUUAUUAAAGAAUAAUGUCUUGAAUGAAUUGCAUAAUCCUCCUGGUAGUAAAACUGGAAGUAGGGCCCAUAAUCAACGAAAGAUCAAACUUCUCAAAAGUUUGAAAUCAACCAAAUAUUUUCAACUGACAACUAUUGAUUGGGUUGAAGCAGGUUUACAAGUUUGUAGACAAGGUUUCAAUAUGUUAAAUUUAUUAAUUCAUAGAAAAGGUUUAACUUAUUUACAUCUUGAUUAUAAUUUCAAUUUAAAACCAACAAAAACAUUAACUACAAAGGAAAGAAAAAAGUCAAGAUUCGGUCAUGCUUUCCAUUUAAUAAGAGAAAUUUUAAGAAGUAUAAAGAUCCUUGUUGAUUCACAUGUACAAUACAGAUUAGGAAAUGUUGAUGCAUUCCAGUUAGCCGAUGGUAUCUAUUAUAUUCUUAAUCAUUUAGGUCAAUUGACUGGUAUUUAUAGAUAUAAGUAUAAGGUCAUGCAUCAAAUUCGUCAAUGUAAAGAUUUAAAACAUGUGGUUUAUGCAAGAUUCAAUCAAAUAAUUGGUAAGGGACCUGGUGCUGGAUUCUGGCAACCAGCAUGGAGAGUUUGGAUAUUUUUCCUUAGAGGUAUAGUUCCAUUAUUAGAACGUUGGUUGGGUAAUUUAUUAGCAAGACAAUUCGAAGGUAGAAGGGCUAAUGACGUUGCUAAAACCAUCACCAAACAAAGAGUUGAUUCCUAUUAUGAUUUGGAAUUAAGAUCUCAAGUCAUGCAUGAUAUCUUGGAUAUGAUCCCGGAAGGUUUAAAACAAAGUAAAUCAAGAUCUAUAUUACAACAUUUAAGUGAAGCUUGGAGAUGUUGGAAAGCAAAUAUUCCUUGGAAAGUUCCUGGCUUACCGGUUCCUAUUGAAAAGAUCAUUGAACGUUAUAUCCAGGCUAAAGCUGAUAAUUGGAUUUCAGUGGCUCAUUAUAAUAGAGAUAGAAUAAGAAAAGGUACAACUGUUGAAAAAACUGUCGCUAAAAAGAAUUUAGGUCGUUUGACUAGAUUGUGGAUUAAAAAUGAACAAGAGCGUCAAACUAAUUUUUCAAAGAGUGGACCUUAUGUUUCCGCUGAUGAAGCCGUGACGAUUUUCCAAACCAUGGUUCAAUGGUUUGAAAGUAGAAAAUUCAGUCCUAUCCCAUUCCCUCCAUUAUCAUAUAAACAUGAUACAAAACUUUUAGUGUUAGCAUUAGAAAAUUUAAAAGAAAGUUAUAGCGCCGAUGCAAGAUUAAAUUCAGCUCAAAGAGAAGAAUUGGCCCUUAUUGAACAAGCUUAUGAUAAUCCUCAUGAAUGUUUAGCUAGAAUCAAGAAAUUCUUAUUGACUCAAAGAAUCUUUAAGGAAAUAGGGUUAGAAAUGAUGGAUUAUUAUACUCAUUUAGUUCCAACUUAUACUGUGGAUCCUCUUGAAAAAAUCACGGAUGCUUAUCUUGAUCAAUAUUUAUGGUAUGAAGCUGAUAAAAGAAAACUUUUCCCUAAUUGGGUCAAACCAAGUGAUGAUGAAAUCCCUCCUCUUUUGGUCUAUAAAUGGUGUCAGGGUAUUAAUAAUUUGGAUAAAGUUUGGGAUACUUCUAAUGGUGAAUGUAAUGUUAUGGUGGAAACUUCUUUAAGCAAAAUGGCCGAAAAGAUUGAUUUCACAUUGUUAAACAGAUUAUUGAGGUUAAUUGUAGAUACAAAUAUUGCUGACUACAUAACUUCGAAGAAUAAUGUUAACAUCACAUAUAAAGAUAUGAAUCAUGUCAAUCUGUACGGUCUUUUAAGAGGAUUGCAAUUCUCAUCGUUUAUCUAUCAAUACUAUGGUUUGGUUGUAGAUUUGCUCAUAUUAGGUUUAGAUAGAGCUGGCGAAUUGGCAGGUUCGGUCCAACAACCAAACAGUUUCUUACAAUUCAAAGAUUUGGAAACUGAAACUUCGAGUCCUAUUAGAUUAUAUUCUCGUUACUUGGAUAAGAUUCAUAUUUUCUUUAGAUUUGAUAAUGAUGAAGCCAAUGGUUUGAUUCAAGAUUAUUUAUCAGAAAAUCCAGAUCCAAAUUUUGAAAAUGUGGUAGGAUACAAUAAUCGUCGUUGUUGGCCCAAAGAUUCACGUAUGAGAUUAAUGCGUCAUGAUGUUAAUUUAGGACGUGCGGUUCAUUGGGAAAUAUCUGGUCGUUUACCUAGAUCUAUUACAAGCAUUGAAUGGGAAGAUACUUUUGCUUCAGUAUACUCAAGAGAUAAUCCUAAUCUUUUGUUUGCUAUGUGUGGAUUUGAGGUCAGAAUUAUACCUAAAUGUCGUUCAAAGGAAGAAUUAUCUUCGCAAGAAGGUGUAUGGGAUCUUGUUGAUCAUACUACUAAGCAAAGAACUGCAAAGGCUUAUCUUCAAGUAUCUCAGGAAGCAAUUGAUAGUUUUAACAGUAGAAUCCGUCAAAUAUUAAUGUCUUCAGGUUCAACAACAUUUACAAAAGUAGCUUCAAAGUGGAAUACUGCUUUAAUUGCACUUUUCACUUAUUAUAGAGAAGCUAUUGUAGCUACGGAACCGUUACUUGAUACUUUAGUUAAAUGUGAAACGAAGAUUCAAAAUAGAGUUAAAAUGGGACUUAAUUCAAAGAUGCCUACUCGUUUCCCUCCGGCUGUAUUUUAUACUCCUAAAGAAUUAGGAGGUCUUGGUAUGUUAAGUGCAUCUCAUAUUUUGAUUCCAGCUUCAGAUCUUAGAUGGUCGAAGCAAACAGAUACUGGUAUAACUCAUUUCAGAGCUGGUAUGACCCAUCAAGAUGAAAAAAUGAUUCCAACUUUGUUCAGAUACAUUACUACUUGGGAAAAUGAAUUCUUGGAUUCUCAAAGAGUUUGGGCUGAAUAUGCUAUAAAGCGUCAAGAGGCUAUGGAACAAAAUAGACGUCUUACAUUUGAAGAUAUGGAAAGUAAUUGGGAUAGAGGUAUUCCUCGUAUUAGUACUUUGUUCCAAAAAGAUAGACAUACUUUAGCUUAUGAUAAAGGACAUAGAAUUAGAAGACAGUUCAAACAAUUUAGUUUAGCCAGAUUCAAUCCUUUCUGGUGGACAAAUAAUCACCAUGAUGGUAAAUUAUGGAACUUGAAUGCGUAUAGAACAGAUGUUAUUCAAGCUCUUGGAGGUAUUGAAACUAUUCUUGAACAUACGUUGUUUAAAGGUACUGGAUUUGAUUCUUGGGAAGGUUUGUUUUGGGAAAAGGCAUCAGGGUUCGAAGAUUCAUUGAAAUUUAAAAAAUUGACCAACGCUCAAAGAUCAGGUUUGAGUCAAAUUCCAAAUCGUAGAUUUACUUUAUGGUGGUCUCCAACUAUUAAUCGUGCUAAUGUUUAUGUUGGAUUUUUAGUUCAACUUGAUUUAACUGGUAUUUUCUUACAUGGUAAGAUUCCAACAUUGAAGAUAUCUUUAAUUCAAAUAUUCAGAGCCCAUCUUUGGCAAAAAAUUCAUGAAAGUGUCGUUCAAGAUAUGUGUCAAGUUUUAGAUAAAGAAUUAGAAGUUCUUCAAAUUGAUACAGUUGAAAAACAAGCUAUCCACCCUCGUAAGUCUUACAAAAUGAAUUCAUCAACUGCUGAUAUUGUUGCUACUAGUACUUAUAAAUGGAACGUUUCAAGACCUUCACUUUUAAAUGAUACCAAUGACUCUUUUGAAAUCAGUUCUAAUAAAUUUUGGAUUGAUGUUCAAUUAAGAUAUGGUGAUUAUGAUUCCCAUGAUAUUUCUCGUUAUGCAAGAUCGAAAUAUUUGGACUAUACUUCUGAUAAUACAAGUUCAUAUCCAUCACCAACUGGUAUUAUUAUUGCCAUUGAUUUAGCUUAUAACAUGUAUGAUGUUUAUGGUAAUUGGUUCCCUGGUUUAAAACAAUUGAUUCAAAAUUCAAUGAAAGAAAUCAUGAAAGCAAAUCCAGCCUUAUAUGUUUUAAGAGAACGUAUACGUAAGGGUUUACAAUUAUAUCAAUCACAACCUCAAGAAGCAUAUUUAAAUUCUAAUAACUAUGCUGAAUUAUUUAAUAAUGAAACUCAAUUGUUUAUUGAUGAUACAAAUGUCUAUAGAGUUACAGUUCAUAAAACUUUUGAAGGAAAUUUAACUACUAAACCAAUCAAUGGGUCUAUAUUUAUCUUGAAUCCAAAAUCAGGUCAAUUAUUCUUAAAGAUUAUUCAUACUUCAGUUUGGGCAGGUCAAAAACGUCUUGGUCAAUUAGCUAAAUGGAAAACAGCUGAAGAAGUUGCUUCUUUAAUUAGAUCAUUACCAAGAGAAGAACAGCCUAAGCAAUUGAUUUUGACUAGAAAAGGUAUGUUGGAUCCACUUGAAGUGCAUAUGUUAGAUUUCCCAAAUAUUUCGAUCAGACCAUCUGAAUUGCAUUUACCAUUUGCUUCAGCUAUGAAAGUUGAUAAAUUGGCCGAUAUAGUGUUGAAGGCUAAUGAACCACAAAUGGUAUUAUUCAAUAUUUAUGAUGAUUGGUUAAAGGAUAUAUCAGCUUAUACAGCAUUUUCCAGAGUUAUUCUUUUAUUAAGAGCAUUAGGAAUUAAUCAAGAACAAACUAAUUUGAUAUUAAGACCUGAUUCAAGUGUAAUUACUCAAGAUCAUCAUAUUUGGCCAACUUUCACUACUGAUCAAUGGAUAGAUAUUGAAUCUGAGUUAAGAGAUUUGAUUCUUAAUGAUUAUUCGAAGAAGCAUAAUGUUAAUAUUCAAUCAUUGACUCAAUCUGAAAUUAGAGAUUUAAUCUUAGGACAAGAUAUUAGAGCACCUUCGGUAAAGAGACAAGAAAUUAAUGAAAUUGAAAAUACUCCACAAGAACAAGAUAAUAAACAAUUAACCGCUUUGAAAACUACUACUACCAAUGUUCAUGGUGAAGAAAUUGUUACGGUUACAACUACCAAUUAUGAACAACUGACAUUUUCAUCUAAGAAUGAAUGGAGAAAUAGAGCCAUUGCUUCAAGUAAUUUACAUUUAAGAACCAAGAAUGUUUAUGUUACCUCUGAGGAUUUUGUUGAUGAUGCUGACACAUUCACUUAUAUUUUCCCUCAAAAUUUAUUAAAGAAAUUUGUGGAGAUUUCAGAUUUAAGAAUUCAAGUUGGUGCUUUGAUAUAUGGUAUUUCUCCAAAGGAUAAUAAUGAAGUAAAAGAAAUCAAAUCGAUAGUUUUAGUACCUCAAUUAGGGAAUACCACAUUUAUUCAAUUCCCAAAUACAUUACCUAACAAUGAAAGCUUACAAAAGCUAGAACUAUUAGGAUGGAUCCAUACUCAAUCAUCACAAGAUCUGGAACAUUUAUCACCUAUUGAUAUUAUAUCAUUAUCAGCGUUUGAGUUAACUCGUGACGGUUAUGAAUGGGGUAAAACGAAUGUAGAUUAUAUGUCACCAUCACCUACAGGAUACUCCAAAUCAUUUUAUAAAAAAUCCCAAUUGAUCUUAUCGGAUAGAAUCGUUGGAUCAUUCAUGGUUCCUGAAGAUGAGAUUUGGAAUUAUUUCUUUAUUGGAUCAAUUUGGAAUGCGAAUAAUUUAUAUGAUGUUAAAUAUGAUGUUCCUAUGAAAUUUUAUGAUGAAUUACAUCGUCCAAUUCAUUUUUCUACUUUCAAUGCUAUUGAUGUUAAUAAUGAAGUUGAAGCAACUCAAGAAAAUGUAUUUACAUAG